AUGACCAACGGAGUGAUGCAGGACUGCGUCCUCACGCCUAUCCUCUUCAGUCUCAUGUUCUCUGUCAUGCCAAUCGAUGCCUUCCGUGACGAACGCCCCGGGAUCCGCACCGCCUAUAGGACGGAUGGCGAACUACUCAAUCAGCGGCAGAUACGUUUCCAGUCGCGUGUAUCUACAACUACCGUCCAUGAACUUAUUAUUGUGGACGACUGCGCCCUCAACGCCACCUCGGAAGGGGACAUGCAAGUGCGCAUGGAUCUCUCCGCCGCCGUCCGCGAGAACUUCGGUCUGAUCAUCAAUACGGAGAAGACGGCGAUCAUGGACCAACCGCCACACAACACUGCCCACAAUGCGCCGCAAAUCAGCGUGAACGGAACUCAACUGCAAGUGGUAACGACUUCACCUAUCCGGGCAGCACCCUUUCUCGCAGCAUAA